AUGUCUUUUGCAAAAGAUUCCAUUAAAAUCGCAACCGAGAUCGAAGAAACUAAGUUCGUAGUCGGUAAUGAAGAAAGUCCCGAUGAUUACAAUUAUUCGACUUCUCAUGAAAUUAACGCUAAAGGGGUGGUGGAAAACCAUAGGGAUACAAAAUCAAGGUUUUACAAACCUUAUCCAGCAGAGGAAAUUGCUAAAAUUGCAGAUGAAAAAAGAAAAGCUCAACAAAAACAAAACAUUGAAAAUGAUGAUAAAGAACCUAUAAAAGAUACGGUUAAUAAUAAUCAUACGAGCGCAAUUCAAAUUCAUUCGGAAUCACAGACUCCACAACAACAAUCAAUUCAGCAACCAACACCUAAAGAAGAAAAGGUUAUUAGGACGAAUUCAUCCGAAACAUCAAAUCCCACAUUGGAAUCACAUCAAGCAGCGGUUCCUGUUACCACAACAGAAACCGAUACAACAAAACAGCAACCUACAACAUCAGCACCUUCGGCAAAAGAAUCCAUUCUAAAUGAUUCUUACACAUCUGAACCAUUGAAUUAUCCACAUCAACCUCGAUUUCCACCUUCAGGAGGAAUGUCACGUACUCAACAGAAACUAUUCCUUCAAAGACAGCACUUUCUCGCAGAUGAUGAAAAUUAUUUAAUUCAUCCGCGCAAUCAAUUAAGAUUAACCAAAGUUAUUGAAAGGAUCAACAGAGAACAUGCUGCUAUAUUAUUAUGUAGAGAUCCAAUUAUUGAGAGCUUACAAAGAGUUUGGCCAAAAUAUGUUCAAGAACAUCCCGAGGUGCUGGAUGAUGAUUUUGGUGGAGGAUAUGAGGAUGCAAAGGAUUGGGGGGGUAUAUCUGACCACGGAAAGAAUGCGGAUCAAAUCGUUUCAAAUUCAAUUAUAAGUACUGAAUUAGGUGUUGAUUCUAUGAACUUACGUGGGAUAAGAUAA